GGUCUAAAUCGGUAAUUUGAAUUCGUGUGUGGUCUCAUGUAGUGUUUUAUAUUUAUUUUGUAUGUUAAAAAUGCUAUAAAUAUAGUGUGUAUCGUUACAAUAAUACUUGAUUUACCUACUUUAAAUGCUUUUAGAGUAAACCCAUAUUUAGAAGGAUGCAACAUAUCCGGUUGAUAAUUUUCUUUUAUCUACUCCACGCCCAUGAUGGGAUGUCGUUACCAACUGACUUCAGUAAUACAAAGCUUGGUUUCAAUGACUCGAAGUGGUACCGAGAGUUAGACUUGAUCCAUGGCUCAUCACGUAGAUUUAAACCUAACGACAUUGAAAAUCCUGUCUUUUUGCUGGAUCGAUUGUCAGCUGCGGAUGGUUCAAGAAGUUUGCCGUAUUGUCGUCGCAGUGCCUCUUGUCAAACUCUCAACUAUACCACUUGUUUUGGAGCUAAACUUCCGUAUACGAAAACUACUCUGGAGCUGGUCCCCAGACUUGAAACUCAAGAACAAAUUAUGUACCAUUUUGCUGUCUGGAAGGGUCUCGUCCAUCUGCCAAGAUGUUGGGCAGUCAUUCAGCCAUUUCUCUGUUCCCUCUAUAUGCCCAAGUGUGAAAAUGACCAAGUUGAUCUUCCUUCGCAGGAAAUGUGUAAGGUGCUACUUGGCCCAUGUAGAAUCUUGACUACAGAGAAUGCUUGGCCGAUGGCUUUGCGUUGUCACAACACUACUGACUUCCCUAGUGGUUGUAAGAACGAUGUGCGUGAACUCAAAUUCAACACGACGGGACGCUGCCAGGAGCCGAUGGUGCCAACAGACUCUCCCAGCUCCUACUAUGACGGCAUGGAGGGCUGUGGUGUUCAGUGUGACAACCCCAUGUUCACCCCAGAUGAGCGCUACCAGAUACACCGCUUGGUUGCCUGGGCCGCCACCACCUGCUUCUUAUUUAACCUCUUUACAGUGGUGACAUUCAUGAUUGACUGGAAAUCCUCCAGCAAAUAUCCUGCUCUUGUCAUCUUCUACAUAAACCUCUGUUUCCUUAUUGUUUGUCUUGGGUGGCUUGCUCAGUUUUUGCCUGGAGGCAGAGAGGACAUUGUGUGCCGCAAAGAUAGAACAUUGAGGGUCGGUGAGCCAAAUGCUGGAGAGAACCUCUCCUGUGUGGUGGUGUUUGUCCUGGUUUAUUACUUCCUCAUGGCUGGCAUUGUCUGGUUUGUCAUCCUCACCUACGCCUAUCACAUCAGCUUUCAAGCUUUAGGGAAGAUCCAGGAGCGCAUGGACAAGAAGGGAGCCUACUUCCACCUUGUGGCCUGGUCUCUACCACUGGUCCUCACCAUCACAACCAUGGCACUGGGAGAGAUUGACGGCAACAGUGUGGCAGGUGUCUGCUUUGUUGGCUCUAUCAAUCAUGAGUACCGUGCCGUCUUCUUCUUGUUUCCAGUAUUCGCUGCUCUUUCUAUAGGUGGCUACUUCCUCUUCAAGUGUCUUUUGAAACUUAUAAAGUUGAAGAUAAGCAGCCAAGAAAUCAUUUCAGAACGUGCAAGUGCCAAAAUCAGAGAGACGAUUGUGCGCAUGGGUUUCUUCUCUGUCUUGAUAUUUAUAUUUGGCUUCACCACGUUUGUGUGCCACGUUUACGAGUUUCGAAACUCACCUCUUUGGAAUGCCAGUUUUCGUAAAUACAUUGUGUGUCGGCUUGUCUACGAGACAUCGGAACAGUCCCAGUGCCGCAUGGAGACACGCCCCAGCCUAGCCAUCCUGCAGCUCCAUCUCCUGGCGUUGUUUGCUACUGGUAUUGCCAUGUCCUCCUGGGUCUGGACCAGUUCCACAUUGCAAACCUGGAAACGUUUCUUUGCAAGGCUCACAAACAAGAAAACAGAGGAGGCUCCGGUGAAACUGAAGAAGCACAAGGUGAUAGCCCAGGCUUUCGCCAAACGUAAGAUGCUCAACAGUGCUGGCCGCUUGAGUAUCAGCAUCCAUAGCACCUACCAGGAUCCAGUCGGAUUAAACUUUGAACUCAACAGUAUGGCAUCGGGUAACCUGAGUUCCACAUGGGCUGCAGCAUUACCUAAACUGGUGACCAGAAGGGGAGCUCUUGUGGGAGUCACUAAUUCUAACUCCAGUCAACGAAGAAACUCUGUAGAUUCAGAGAUAAGUUACAGUGUACGCAGAGUAUCAGUGGAAUCACGCCGCCACUCGUUAGACUCUGCAGUGUCAGUGCAAGUGGCCGAGUUAACCAAGACAGUACGCAAGGCUCGUCCAUCACACCGGGUGCGACACAGGCGGCGGCGGCGUAGCAGGCAUGUCGGAUCUCGCAGAGGCAGCUCCACCUCCCAAGAGAGUCAGAUGGAUGCUCAGAUUUUAUCAGCAUUGACUAUUGGAGGAGUCAAUAUUCCACCUGUUUCAUCUCUGGUACAUAACCAGAAUAGAAGACAAGCAACAGCAGGACUUGAUGACAGCCUGAAUCUGCUAGCAGAGAAGUUGUUUGGAAACCUGGCCGGACCGUUGGGUUUAUCCCAGGAGAGUGAAGGUAGUAGUGAUGAGGAAGUGACUCAAGUCAGGGAGACCCUCAUUACCGGCAGAGUCCACACAAACACCAACAGCGGCUACAGUGAGGAAGAGAGGGCACCAGCUGAAGACGAGGAGGAAGAGGAAGACAACAGUGAUGAUGUCACCCAACCAUUAACUGUGAGCUAUAAAAACAAACGUGACUCCGAAGUUCAGAUCAGUAAAGUGAGUUCAAGAAGCAAUAGAAGAAGUGUUAAUGGAAGUGACAAUGACAACGAUAAAAGAAGUAGGAAACGUGAGAGUGAAGGUAGGAACAGCAAGUUGAGUAAUAAAAGUGACCAAAGUCGAACAAGCAAAAGGACUUUUGACGGUGAUGUCGAGAAGAAAAACAGCCGAAAGGAGACGAGAAGAGAGAAGAGAGUGUAUCCCAGUUGCAGUGACUUGGAGAACUGUACAGACGACGCUAAGUGGAUACAGAGUGAAGGAGAAGGGAAGGGCAGUUGCAAGAAGAUAAAUGUGGGGGGUAGCGACUGAUUGCUCCCUUAGUCCUGAACAGCUCCAUUACACUUAUCAGUCAGCGUCGGCUGUGUCGGUGGGCGGACAUCCUCAACACGGCAGGGAGAUCGGCACUCAGACCAAUGUCUCUUUCAACAACAAGGAAAGAUCCUCCAGUGCCAACAGCAAGGUUAAGCGGAAGAAAAGUAAUGCUUCUCGGCAGAAACCUUCAUCUCCUGACUCCUUGAAUUAGACUUGGUUAGUCUUAUAAAACUAUAAUAUAUGGUCCAUCAUGUAUUCGUGUGAAUCAUCAUUACACUAUAUUAGUGGUUUUGUAAAUAACAUUCCUUUUUUUACAUCAUGACGUCGUUUGUGCUAGAAAUAAGUAGUUUUCUAGUUAUAGUGUACUGUGCCUUAUUUUGAAUAGUUUUGAUAUUUUUAUAUGAUAGGUAUUAAAUGCUUUCACCACAAGACUGAUAUGGUAGCUGAAGUCAUGAAUACACUUUUGACUUUACAAGAACAAAUUAUUCAUGUUCCAAAAAUAUGCAUUUAAUUGUAAAGUUGGAUGUGUAAUAAAGAGAAAUUAUACAAAGUUACAGGUCCAAAGUAGGAAUCAAGAAAUUAUGUUAUUACUCAUUAUCAGGGCUACCUCUUCGUUCUACAUUACAGUAGUUAAUGUAAUUUUAUAUUUGAUAAGUUUUAGCCUAUUACCUGCAAAUUUGGUUACAAUUAAUCAGCAAUUAAUACCAUAUGUAAAUAUUCACUAGAUGAAUGGUUUGCUGUCACAUUAUAUAUAGAUAAACUAAUUGUUAUUUUUUCUUUUUUUGUUAUAAAAUAUACUUUUCUAAAACAAAAUGUUAAAUUCUAAAAAUAGUAUAGGAAAUUUUAAGAUUAGGUCUGUGAUAUAAUUAAUUAUUUGAUAUUUAACUAUAAAUUUAGGCAAUUAAUCUUAUGGAACUUUUCUAGAUUUGGUUUAUUUUUAUUCUGUAAGUGUUGAUUUAUACCACAAAAUAUUAAAUUAAAAUUAUUAUUCUCAGUUGUUAAACUUUAUAAUCUAUGUUUUCAAUUUAAAGUUUUGUUAUAGCUCAAGAAUAUUGAAGUCAGUUUCAGUUUAAAAUAUUUUUAUGUAGGUUUUUUUUAAGUUGGUGUAUAUAAACAUAUUCAGCCACUUCUUGUUAUUUGACCUACAACUAAUUGGUUAUUGCACAAUAAAUUAUCUAAAUUCAUUUGAUUAUAUUUAAAUAGCUGUAAAGCCUAGGUAUUUAAUCAUAGCACUGAUCUAUAUUCUGAUUAUACUCUAAAAGAUUAUAUAAAGGGACAAGUUAAAAAAAAUUUUAUUUAUAUUUUAAUUCCGACAUUGUUGUCUUGAUUAUGAAUUUAAUUAUAUUCUAUAAAAGCAAUAUGGGUCUAUUUAUCAGAUUCAAACCAGUUUUGGAUUUUGUCUUGAUUUCAUAUCAUUGUGUAUUAAUUGAAUCCAAUUGUCAAAUUUUAAAUGUAGUCAUAUAUGGUCUCAUUAGUGUAUUUCUUGUGUAUAUUUUAAUCUUAUAUGUUGUAAAUUGGUGAGUUUGUUUUAAUUCCACCAAUUAGUCCAGUUCUGCAUCAGUCUGCCGAUUAUCAUCCAUGGUGAUUUGUAUUUUUUGCUUUUGUGAUCUUUUGUUCCUUAUCAAAAACCUGUUUGAACGAAUCACAAUACAAAAUUAUUCAUUAA